CGAAAUUUUGUAAAACUUUAGCUAGAGCUGAUAGUAAAUACCGUACAAUGUCUCACAGUCAGCACUUUUCUCAUAAACCAAAAUACACUGCAAAAUCGAUUGUAGAGCAACAGCGAAGAAUUUGAGUGCCUUUUCAUUGCAUUCCAUUCCAGCUGCAUUUAGCAUUCAGUUUACUUUGCUUUUUCAUUGCACUUUGCAUUUUGGUUAAAAAAUAAUUCAAUAAAAAUUAAAAUAGCUUCCACAAGAAAAGCCAAACCCCCAAAUGGACGACUACGAGGAUCAAAGUAUUGUAAGUGACGUGAAUCGCGGCGCUGCAGGUGCAACGGGUGUAAGCCCUCAUGGCCGUAAAGAAAACACUACCUUUGGUACUGUAAAGGUCGGCGGUUGGCGCUAUGAGGAGUCGACACGUUAUAUCGGUGAAUGGGAUCAACGUGGCCAAAAGCAUGGCGUUGGUCAUUUACAAUUUCCCGAUGGUACACGUUAUGACGGACAAUUCCACGAUGGACUGAGUCAUGGCCUCGGAUGCUUGUGGUUCUCGGAUGGAGCUAAGUACGAAGGUGAGUUCAUGCAAGGCUGGUUUCAUGGUUAUGGCAUAUUUUGGCGUGCUGAUGGCAUGAAGUUCGAAGGUGAAUUUCGCGGUGGCAAAAUCUGGGGACUCGGUUUAUUGACGUUUCGUGAUUUCACACACGGGUUUCCGCGCAACGAAGGCUUCUUUCAAGACUGUCGUCUAGUACGCAAACAACGUUGUCCUGAUGUAGUGCAGCGCGCACAAAAAUGUGCUCUUAUGGCACGUUCGCUGUGCGACCAUCCGUAUUAGCGUUAAGUCUGCAUGCAUGCACCAUGUACAAAGUAAACAACACAUAUAGUACUUACAUAUAGACACUAGCCAUCAACGAUAUACGUACGUAUCCAUAACAGUCGGUUCUAUGGUACCGCAAUGAAGUGGACCCUUAUGCAUAUACAUAUGUGAGGCCACAAAUUCGUAUAAGCCAGCAGUUCUUUUUCGCAAAAUAUACCUACAUAUAUAACUACUAACAUAUAUACACGUUUUUGAAAUGCUACAAACUGUCGCAAGUAAUAAAAAAAAUUAUGUUCAUAUGAUUCACGAAUAAAC